UGCAGCAGCAACACGAGCAUCAAAAUUCAAGUGUCGGCUCUGUCUAUGAUGUUAACAGUCAGAUCGUAAUGGCGACUGCUGGAACAGCAGACAUGGGAUCAGCAGCCCCGACAGAUAUCAGGACUCAGUUCUGGAGGAGAGCGUUGCAGCGAGGGACCAGCAGCAUUCGAAAAAUGGCCCCCGCCGAGAUGCCCGGCUCUUCAGGCAUGAGUAUGAAGAAGACCAUUGGACACCGGGGCGUUGAGACUACCACAGGAGAAACUACUUACAAAAAAACUACGUCAUCUGCCCUAAAGGGAGCAAUCCAAUUGGGCAUCGCUCACACAGUCGGCAGCUUAAGUCAAAAGGCGGAGAGGGAUGUUCUCAUGCAGGACUUUGUAGUUGUUGAAAGCAUCUUCUUCCCGAGCGAAGGCAGUAACCUGACCCCUGCUCAUCACUACAGUGACUUUCGCUUUAAGACCUAUGCUCCUAUCGCCUUUCGUUACUUCAGGGAACUGUUUGGCAUUCGGCCAGAUGACUACCUGUAUUCUCUGUGUAAUGAGCCGCUGAUCGAGCUGUCGAACCCCGGAGCCAGCGGUUCCCUCUUCUACGUCUCCAGUGAUGAUGAGUUUAUCAUCAAGACUGUCCAACACAAAGAGGCAGAGUUUCUCCAGAAACUGCUGCCUGGAUACUUCAUGAAUAUAAACCAAAACAAGCGCACCCUGCUGCCUAAGUUUUAUGGACUGUAUUGCGUUCAGGCAGGCGGUAAGAAUAUCCGUAUUGUUGUGAUGAACAAUCUCCUGCCCAGAAUCAUCCCCAUGCACCUCAAGUAUGACCUGAAAGGCUCCACCUAUAAGAGACGGGCUUCCCCUAAGGAGAGAGAGAAGGCCGUCCCCACUCACAAAGACCUGGACUUCAUCCAGGACAUGCCUGAUGGCCUGCUGCUGGAAGCAGAAAACUACAAUGCUCUGUGCAAGACUAUACAGAGGGACUGCCUGCUCCUGCAGAGUUUCAAGAUCAUGGAUUACAGUCUGUUGAUGGGCAUCCAUAACAUGGACCAGGCCAGCAGAGAAAAGGAGCGUAGUGGAGGCAGUUUGGUCGACAAUACGGGGUCCGAAGGAGCAGUGACCCCAGAUCAGCGCCGACCACAAGCCCAGAAAAGUCUGUAUUGCACCGCCAUGGAGUCCAUCCAGGGGGAGGCUCGAGGGAAGGGAGCUUUGGAUUCAGAAGAUCACAUGGGUGGUAUUCCUGCUCGCAAUAGCAAAGGAGAGAGGUUGCUGAUUUACAUCGGCAUCAUCGAUAUUCUCCAAUCUUACAGGUUUAUUAAGAAGUUGGAGCACUCCUGGAAGGCGCUGGUCCAUGAUGGGGACACAGUUUCAGUUCACAGACCUGGCUUCUAUGCAGAGCGCUUCCAACAAUUCAUGUGCAACACAGUGUUCAAGAAAAUUCCACUUAAACCAUCACCAUCCAAGAAAAGCCGUGGUGGAGGUCAGGCAGGGCUUAGGAGGGCGCCCACUCUUGGAGCACCCACACCGCUCUCCCACGCGACAGGACAGUCAUCUGUGGAUUCCAGACUAGUUUACCACUCCCAUUUUAAAAGCACAGAGUCCGAGGCGGACAGCGGUGUGCAGUCAGGAAGGCCGGAUCUGGUUCCUAGGACUCCUCCGCUGGUAGACAACCCUGCAGACUGCGAGGCCAAUCUGUCCACCUCAUCACAAGGCAGCACAGGAGUUGUCUCCACCUCUCCUCCCCUGCGUUCUGUAGGCGUGGAAGUGCACAAAUCGGCAAACACGGACUGUGACCAGGCUGUUUCCCACAGUUUGGGAGUAGAAGGGGCUGCAGAUAAUUCAGGCAACCUGUCUGGAAAUGAAGAUGUAGUUUCUCUGUCGGACAUCGUCCCUGAGACCAACAUCUGUUUUUAAAAACACUCCCAGCAAUGAGAGACUUCUGGAAACGGCGAGGUGGGUAGAAGAAAGGCAAAAUGAACUGGAGUCAGUCAUCCACCGCAGACCCUCCAUCGCUCCUCUGCUGUUUUGUGACCUCUGCAGUUUAUACAGUAGCCACCGAAUAAAACAGCAUGGUUUGCGACCGUGAGGAAAGCAGUGAUUUGGACCAUGUUGUGCGGUAGGCUCCAGACUUCCCCAGCCAUCAGCACUGUCACUGUGUGUACAUAUUUGUCCACACCGAUCCAAAACUGUCCGAUACACACUCAGAAAAAGGCUUUCGGCCCUGAAUUGAAGAUUUCCCUUCAUGUCCGUCUGCAGCAAUGAUAUAGUAAACAAUAUAAUGAGUUGUAUAUUGUAUUGAAAGAGAAAUAACAAAAAAAAGAGGUCAUCUUCACUAUCACCAGUUGAUUGUGGAAGGCAGUCAAAUUAUCCCUUGAAGAGCCAGUCAUCCUGCCCACUAUCCACAGCAUGAGGAGAUGUGGGUAGGAGUGGGCAGGGACGGUUCAGCAGGAACACACACACAAAAGCACAUGAAGGGCAUAGCCUACAUAGGAGGAAUGAAUGUUACUGUGCGUUCGUGCACAGUCUAGGUGGGUUCACAUUUCCGUGACUCCCACUCCGGCGUACCUGUUAUUGCACAUCCAUCUCCCCUCAGCACUCUAAGCUAUCCAUGGCUCUCUCACCGCCAUCGAUAGAAAUCCUUCAAAUCAACACCUGCUGCUGUCGACUCUGUAGUCGUGUUUGCGUUUUUCUUUACUGAUUGUACAGUAUUCAUUUAAAACAGCAGAGCGAUGGGGUUUUAACCUGACCUAUAUGGUCAUUUUUUUCUUAUAAGUUAUUUUUCUGGAAGCCUCAGUGGUGCCACAUAGAUCUCCCCACUGCUGAAUGUACAUUGUAGUGUUUUUCCGCAUAAAAAAAAAAGUGUCUUAUUUAGGGAUGGGUAUUGAUAAGAUUUUCACGAUUCCGAUUCCAGUUUAGAUUCUGUUUAACAAUUCGAUUGUUUAUCGAUUCUCUUAUCGAUUCUUUUU